AUGCUUACCGAAGAAUGGUACCAAGUGGAAGGCGAGACUCAAGAUGUGUGUGGUAUCAUCUCGAUUGUCACAAACCUUUUCCUCAUGUAUCUCAUUCUUUGCAAGUCACCGAACGCUCUUGGUAGCUAUAAGUGGUUAAUGAUGUAUACGACGCUGUUUGAGUUGACGUAUGCGUUGGUCAACUUGUUCGCGGGAUCGUCCGUCCGAACAUUUGGCUCCGCCUUUAUCGUCUUCCAAAAAUGCAACUAUCCACACGACAUCACAUAUUUUUUGACCAUCACCUACUGUUCCUGUUUUGGCUUCUCCUUGGCUAUCGUCGCAUGUCAUUUUGUCUAUCGUUAUGGGGCAAUUGAUAUGUAA